AGCAAAAACCGAAUCGAUGGAAGAAAAAGGGUCCAACCAACCCAUUACGUCAUCAUAAUUUUCCCUAUUCAUUUUCAUGCUUUCAUUCUUCACUUUUUCACCUACUACAACAACAUCCUCCUUAACCCUGGAUUUCGUCUCCAUCAAAACAACACACUUCAUUACACCUUAACUGUUUCUUUCUCUCACUUUCCUUUCUGGUUUCUGUCUGAAAUUGUUGGAUUCAUAAUAAACAUCUUCACCCUACAAGAACACCAUCAUCCAGUCUAUAUUUAGAACCAGUGAUUGGAAGCUUGUUUUGUAAUGGAAAAGGUGUUUUGAAUUUGGAAAUUCAUUCAAAAGAGUAGUGGGAAAUUGGAUUAAGUACCCUAUCUUUGAUGAACUAAAAUAUCUAUCUGAAUUCUGCUUGUGUUAUAGUUUAUUGUUCUUGAUCCUUUUUCUGGCAAGUUAUAGAACAAAGUUUGAAGUGGUAACAGCAGGUUAGAAUGAAUUCAUUCGAUCAGAGUCAUCAAACUACCAGCUUCAGGUACAAUCCAAACUCGAACACAAUGAAUCAUGCAGAUGAUGAUGCUGAGUUCUCAGGGAUUCUUGAUAUCUAUGUUCAUCAUGCUAGGAACAUUCAUAACAUAUGCAUCUAUGAUAAUCAGGAUGUGUAUGCCAAGUUCUCUCUUACAUACAACCCAGAUGACACUCUCUCCACUAGAGUCAUAAAUAGAGGUGGAAAAAACCCAAUAUUCAAUGAAAACUUGAGGAUGAAGAUUACCCAGAUGGAUGCUGUUCUCAAGUGUGAGAUUUGGAUGUUUAGCAGGUCAAGAAAUCAUUUGGAAGACCAGCUUUUGGGAUUUGCUUUGGUCCAAAUUUCACAAGUUGUUAGCAAAGGAAAGGUGACUGAAGAUUAUAGCCUUUCCUCCACUGAUCUUUUCCAUUGUCCUGCUGGAGCUGUCCAAUUAACAGUGUCUUUGGACACAUGUUUUCCAACAAGUUCCAAGGUGAAUUCCUUAUCACAAUCAGCUACUAAUUCAUCCAUAUCCUCAGAAGUUGUCUUGCUUGAUUCAACAAUCUCUGAAGAUAUUGCAGACCCAGUUGAGUAUUCAAGAAUUGAAUUUCCAGAUGUCGGUGUUAUGAAGGAGAACCAGAAAUUGGUUUCUGAGUACUUCAAUUUGGACUUUAAUGGUUCUUCUGCUUCAAAGCCUAAUUCAGUAGGAUUUCUACCAUUUCUUCAACUUGGUGAUUCUCCUCAAGGUAAUGAUUAUGAAAUGACCGUAACAGAUUCAGAUGAGAAUCAUGAGUCCAUUCCUCCAAAUGAGAGCACUCAGAAUUCUUCGUUCCCAAGCUCCACUACUACAAGCUUAAGUGAUGAUAGAAACUCAUCUGAUUCAGUUGAGGACAAGAGUAAGUUGAGGGGUGAGUCAAGAAAUUUUUUCAACGUUUCAGUCAAGGUUGAAGGUUAUGAGAACUCUGGUGCUAGUCCAGAUAACCCAACUUCCAAGAAAGAAAGUGGAGCCAGAGAUGAUAAGCAAUCGAACUUCCCAUCAAGCAAGGAAAAGGAGAUCAAUAGUGAAAGAAAUAAUGAAUCAGCAAGGUUUGGUCAAGUUUUUUCUGCUCCACUGAGGAACAUCAAUAUGGAGGCUGAGCAAUCAGCUAUGCAACAGCAAAUAGUUGACAUGUAUAUGAGAAGCAUGCAACAAUUCACAGAGUCUUUGGCAAAAAUGAUGAUCCCAAUGGACCUUGAUAAACCUGAAAGUGAUGGCCAUGGUGACGUGAUUCAAAAUCAUAACAACAGCAAGUUCGAAAUAGAUAAGAAAAUGGAUGGAUCACGUGUAUUUUAUGGUAGCCGAGCUUUUUUCUAGUUAUAUCUUGAUGCUAUGUAUGCUUGACAGAUUAGUAUGCCCUUUAAGUAAGGAAGAAAAUCUAUUCGGAGAGCUCAAUUCAUGAAUAGAUUUCAGUAUCUUAGUAUAUUAGUUUCUGGUUUUUGACACCCCAAAUUUACAGAUCAACUUAUAUCUUGAUGCACAGCCAACAUGAAUAGUUCUGUCAUAGGAAGACGCGAGAGUUUAGUUUAUUGUAACAUGGGGUAGCCCAGUUUCUCUAAAUAUUUACUAUGAGUUAACCUGUGUUGUUUAAUCACCCCUUUACAUUCUUC